AUGGCUUCAGGUCUGUUCCGAUGCUUAACAAAAAGGAAUGGCGGCUGGCUGCUGCCAUGCCCCAUCGGCACGGUGCGGUUCCGCUCCAGGUUGAGAAGCACCUCAUCUGCCCCGGGGGUCCUCUCCACCUUCCAGGACAAACCUCGGACUGUGAAGGACCUGCCACAUGUCAGCUUCUUGGAGAUGAUCUACAGAAUAGCGUUCCAGGGUUUCUACAACCGUGUGCAUGAGUUACAGAUCUAUGAGAAGCAGCGCUAUGGGCCCAUAUACAGAGACGGACUGAAGGCGGUAUCCGUGAACACGCCAAAGCUGCUGGAGGAAGUCAUGAGGAAUGAUGACAAGUUCCCAUGUCGAGGAGACAUGUCGCUGUGGAGAGACUAUCGGGACAUGAGAGGAUUUGGCUACGGGCCUUUCACGGUGGAGGGUGAGCAGUGGCACAACCUGAGGGCGAUGCUGAACAAGCGAAUGCUGCACCCAAAGGACUCUGCACAGUAUGGUGGUGCUAUCAAUGCUGUGGUUACAGACUUCAUCAAGAGGAUCUACUUUCUGCGCCAGAGCAGCCCAACAGGAGAUCUGGUGACCAACGUGGCCAAUGAGCUCUAUCAGUUCUCACUAGAGGGUAUUGCUUCCAUUCUGUUUGAGACCAGACUUGGGAGUCUGGAAAAGGAAAUCCCUGCAGGUACACAAGACUUCAUCAACGCCAUAGGUGAGAUGUUCACAAACAGCAUGCCUGCAAUGAUGACACCCAAGUGGAGCCGCAAUCUGCUGCCCUACUGGAAACGCUACAUCGCCGGCUGGGAUGGUAUCUUCACUUUUGCUAAAGUGCUGAUUGAUAAGAAGAUGGAGGACAUUCAGCGGCGUGUGGACAACAGGCAGGAUGUGGAGGGAGAAUAUCUCACGUACCUCCUCUCUAACACUGAGAUGAGCCUGAAGGACGUGUACGGCAGCAUCACUGAGCUCCUCUUAGCAGGAGUGGACACGACGUCCAAUACCCUCACUUGGACUUUGCACCUGCUGUCCCGGGAACCCCAGAGCCAGGACAGACUGUAUAAAGAAGUGUCCAACUUCGUACCGGCAGACCAGACCCCCUCCGCUGCUGAGGUCACUCGGAUGCCAUAUUUAAGGGCUGUCAUCAAGGAAGCACUGAGGAUGUACCCUGUGGUUCCUAUAAAUGGGAGGAUCACUUCAGAAAAGAGCGUUGCUAUUGGUGGAUAUCAAUUUUCAAAGAAAACUGCUUUCACGCUUUGUCACUACGCCAUCAGUCACGAUGAAGACACGUUCCCAGAGCCAUUCACGUUUAGGCCAGAGAGAUGGCUCCGUGAUGGCCGCCAGAUGCCACACCCCUUCGGCUCCAUUCCCUUUGGCUUCGGAGUGAGAGGCUGCGUCGGUCGCCGGAUUGCUGAGCUUGAGAUGUACAUGGUUGUUUUUCAGCUAAUCAGGCUUUUCGAAAUCAAGCCAGACCCAACGAUGGGAGAGUUGAAAUGCAUCAGCCGCACUGUCCUGGUUCCAGAUCAGCAAGUGAACCUGCACUUUGUGUCCAGACGACGUGAAAACACAACUUGA